AUGAGACUGCUCAGCCCAGUACCAUUAGCCCUGCUGGCUUCCACUGCCUCAGCACAGCUAGGCAACUUUGAGGUCCAGCCCAACACGUGGAACUCCUCCUUGUCCCUCUCCACCCAGCAUAUCCAAGAUGCGCUGCUGACAGACGAAAUCGCAAAGAGCGUUGCGGUCGUCACCAACUCAGAUCGCUCUCAGCUCGCCUACGGUGGACCAAGCGAAGACGAAUUCUACACCCUGCCACUUUUGACCAACAGCACUGGCCCCCUCCAACCGGGUGUCGUCCUCAAGACCCAGCUGGUCACGGACACAUCUGGAUUCUCCAUCCCCCCCAACACUGCUCUUUCACGCUUCAUGUACACGACCACCACCUUCAACGGCACAGUCGUUCCGGCGACAGCAUUCGUCCUUUGGCCCUUUGAACCCCGUCACUUUGGGCACACCAACAGCUCUCGCGUGGCUGCUCCCACUGUCCUAUGGACCCACGGCACCUCAGGCUUCCACUCUGACGCUGCCCCCUCUGCCAUGAGACACCUCUGGUACGGCUUUUCGGCACCCUUUACACUCGCGCAAGACGGCUACGCAGUGGUCGGCCCUGACUAUGCCGGACUGGGAAUCGACAAGUCCUGGGACGGGAGUCACAUUGCACACCAAUGGGACGUCGCUCAAGUCGGUGCCAGGGACGCUCUCCAUGCACUUCAAGCGGCAUGGAACGCUUUUCCCGGCAAGUUGACCAAGGAGUUCGUUUCCAUGGGCCACAGCCAGGGUGGUGGUGUGGCGUGGGGUGUGGCCGAGCGUCUCGCCCUGAGCGUGGAUGAGUUUCCUGACAAGACCUUUGGCGGCUACAAGGGCGCUGUGGCAGUAAGUCCCGUCGUUGAUGUCUUUGGCGUCUCUCCCGCCUUCAUCUCGAACUUUGUCGGAAUCGCCAUGAGCAGCAUCUUUCCCGAUUUUACGCUCGAUCUGUGGCUCACUCCUCUCGGUAUGGCGAGGAACAAGCUCUGGACCAGCAUCAAAGGCGGCGUCGGUGCUGCGCAACAGCUCUUCCUCGCGGCCGAGGUGACAAGGGAGAACUAUAUCGAGCAGUCAUGGCACGGUGCCGCAUUCGAGAAGCUCGCCAACCCGGGCAGGAAGGACUUCAAGGGCCCUUUGCUGGUGCUUCAGGGCACAGAAGAUAUCUAUGUUCCCUUUGAUGGUGUCAAGUCCGCUGUCGAAGAUACGUGCGGCCUAUUCCCCGAGCACGAUCUCGAUUUUCUCAUAGUCAACGGGACAGGUCACGUUCCCACAUUGGAUGCGACCCGCCCUCGUUGGUUGCGGUGGAUCCAGGACAGGUUUGAGGGCAAGCCUGUUCGUCAGACGGGGUGUUCCACUUCCCAUUUGAAGAGUUGGCUGCCUCAUGCACAGUAUCUUGCCGUUGGUGGCUCUGUUAUUCAGUGGGUCGCGGAUCCCAAGUUUAGUUACCAGGCUAUCCUUGGACCAUAG